UUUAUAACAGAUAAUGCAGUGCCGUCAUAUGUUAUCUUACAUAAAGUCAGCUGUUUGUUUUUAGUACACACACAUUUAUCAAUUUUCACAACAAAUUACGUAGAUUUAGGAAAAAUCUAACGAAAUUAUAACAAAAUGGCCUCCUCCAUGAUAUUGGCUGGCUUAGGUGUAGCCGCUGUCGGUUUUGCUGGCAAACACUUGAUGCGCCGCAUGCCUGCUAUGACCACCAAAAUAAAUGAGACUUUAAAAAACUUACCCAAAUUUGAUGCAGAAUCUCUGGCUGCUUCCAAAUACUAUAAGGGUGGUUUUGAUCCAAAAAUGAACAAACGUGAGGCCUCUUUAAUAUUGGGCAUUAGUCCAGGAGCUUCAAAAUCCAAGGUCAAGGAUGCCCACAAAAAGAUUAUGUUAUUGAAUCAUCCCGAUCGUGGUGGUUCUCCUUAUUUGGCGGCCAAGAUUAAUGAAGCUAAAGAUUUUAUGGACAAUGUCAAAUAAAUUGUUUGUUUUAUGCAGCUUGGGAAGUUUUCAUUUCUUAUAAUUUGUUAACUAUGUUAAAUGGAGUACCUCUUGUUAAUAUUAAGCUUUAGUUUAUACAAAAUUAGUAAACAAGUAGUAAUUAAUAAACAAUUUGUAAAGUAAUAAUUUGCAUCGGACAAUUUUGAAAUAACAAUUUGAUAUUUAA